CACUACCUACAAUAUGGAGCUGCUUACAAAUAAUGAAGUCGAAGAAGUAAUUAAACAACUUGGUUAUACAAAAUCAUUUAACUGGACACUGAGUGAAUUUUCUGAAACAUUAGUUGGCUAUCUGAGUGAACAUCUAACGUUAACAGUAGAAGUGUUAACUGCGAAAUUUAAAACAGAGCGAAUUAAGUUCUUUAUCAAAUGUUUACCCAGAUUUGACGAAUGGAAAACGAGAUACAUAAAAGAAUUAUCAUUUUUCCAAAAGGAGUAUGUCAUGUUAAAUGAUCUAUUCAGAAAAAUUGAACAAGGAACUUUUAAGUGGCGUCCAAGAUGUUUGCUUGUCAGAGAAGAUUUAUUUGUAUUUGAGGAUGUUACUGAAUUAGGAUACCAAAUGCCAAGUACCCGGAGUACGUUUGAAUUAAACCAACUGAAGGCUUGCGUAAUAUCAUUAGCUAAAUUUCAUGCCCAGUCGUACAUAUUUGAAGAAAAAAGAAGUAAAGAACUUAACAGACCUUAUAGGAUUUCAGAUGAAUACAGCGAAUAUCUAAAAGAUCCUGAAAGAUGCAGCAGUUGGAGGGAUGCAGGAAGAAACGCAGUAAUUGAUUAUUUAAAAGUUUAUUCAAAACAGAAAGAUAAUCCUAAAUUCAUCAGUAACAUAGAGUCAGUUAUAACUACGCUAUACGAUAUGGCUUUAUCUCUAAUGAAACCUAGUUCCAAGUAUAGGAACACGGUGGUACAUCGUGAUCUAUGGGCUAACAAUAUAUUUCUUAAGAAGGACUGUGAUGGAAACAUCAAUGCAAUGUUUGUUGACUUUCAAACGGUCAUAUAUUGCUCCCCAAUGUUGGAUUUAUCCUCGCUUCUCUAUUUUAACACAAACAGAGUUGAAAGAGCAAGUCAUACUGGUGCUUUAUUAGAUUUUUACUAUGAAAAAUUGUCUGAGGAAUUGUCAGCAGCACAUAUUAACGUUAGUACAAUAAUGGAUAGAAUGACCUUCAAUGAGUGUUAUAAAGACAGCGUUAUAUUUGCUAUAAUUCAAGCUUCGUUAAUUGUGCCUAUUGUGGUUAUACAGUCGAAAACGAGAGAUGAUAUAUUACGCGAACCAGACAGUUCACAUAGAUUUUACGAAGUAUCUCGGAGUAAAGAAUUUAUUGCAAUUGCGCUGCAAGAUGACUACUAUCGUUACCGUGUAACUGAUCUGUUUGAAGAGAUUGUUGAUCGGUAUAUCGUACAACCUGAUGAAUAAAAAUAAAUAAGUCAC